UUGAUAAGAGAGAGAGACAGAAUAAUGUCAUAAUUGAUAAGAGAGAGAGACAGAGCGUCGAAGAGAAGACAAAAAAAAAAAGUGAUUGGAUUGGUCAAAAAAAUGGAAGCGGCGAAGAAACAUAGUGUUACAAAUAAGCUUCUCGCCGUGAAAGCAGCUUCCGGCAAGACUUAUACCCAAUUAGCGGAGGAGACUGGUCUCACCAACGUCUACGUAGCUCAGCUUCUCCGCCGUCAAGCCCAGCUCAAACCCGAUACAGUCCUCCAGAAGCUCAAGGAAGCUUUACCAUCUCUGACUGAUGACCUCAUCGGAGAUAUGAUGUCUCCGCCUUGGAGAUCCUAUGAUCCUAAUCUCAUCCAAGAACCAACCAUCUACAGGUUGAAUGAAGCAGUGAUGCAUUUUGGUGAGAGUAUAAAGGAGAUUAUCAAUGAAGAUUUUGGUGACGGCAUCAUGUCGGCGAUAGAUUUCUAUUGCUCUGUGGACAAAGUUAAGGGAGUGGAUGGUAACAAUCGUGUGGUCGUGACACUUGAUGGGAAGUAUCUUUCACAUUCCGAACAGAGGACGGAGAAUAUGGUUUCAAGGCUUAAUCUCAAGGGAAGUACAAGCGAAUGAUAUAAAUGUAAAGAAGCCUUUAAGCAUUGUCAGCUAUAUCAUUGUAAUGCGUAUGGUGUUUGUUUAUAUGUACUCUAUAGCCUCCAGGUUAAAGCUGUUUCAGGUUGAAUAACAGUGCAGUAAUAAAAACAAGACAACAAUUUCUAUCUUUGUCUUAAACAUUAUAAUCAAGUUCUGACUCAUGCUUGAUAUCGAUUGAAUAAAGUUUCUGGCAGUCUUAUGAA